AAUUUUCACAGUUUAACAGCAGUCGUUGCAAUGGCCUCUACUCUGGUGAUUCUACUCAUCUCGGCCCUGGCUCUCGUCCAGGCCAACACCAUCUAUGGAUCUGGGGAGGAUUAUCUGGCACAACGGGAUACCACUUCAUCCCUGGCUCAGCAGGAUGCUUUUUGGUGGCCCUACGAAGUGGCUCAUUAUCCCGAGGCCUACGUCCUAAUGCACAAGGUGGAUAGGCGACUGGAACGGAUCGACAAUGACGAAACUAAAUCCAAGAUCAAGGAAUACGCGGUAGGACUAUUGAGGCAAUGCAUCCAGGAUGGACAAAUGGAUCAGCAUUGUGUUGGACGUUCGAUUGGUGCCACCAUGUCCUUCAUUCACCACCAGAAGAGGCAAGAAAAUCGUUUGUAAAAUACGUGUGCGUAACAAAUUAAAUUGGGAACAUUAACUUGAAAAAAUGAAAACUUUGGUUUUGGGGAACUGUGUUAGUUCCUAGGAAAAAUAAUCGAAAAUAAUAAGACAAAGAAGCAGUUAUAAAAGCCAUUUUUUUUUUAUUGAUAUUUUUUAUUCAAUAUUUUCAAAAAUAUUUCCUUUUAAACGAUUUUUUAAAUUCAGUAUAUGAGCAAACUUAAUAGAACCGAUUUAUAAAAAAAAUAUUAAAAUACAACGAAAUCCAAAUAAAAAAUUAAAUGAAAUCAA